AAAAGAGGAUCAUGUGAACACAGCUCAAACAACAGGGGCUUAACUGCUAUUUACCAAACAUAAAAAAUCAGUAUUUUAUUGAAGUUGACAAUUGAAAUUUUCAGCCUACCACAAUAAUAUCAUUUCUAAUUAACAGAUAUACAAAAGAUACAUUUACUUUGAUAAAUCAAUCUCUGCACAGCUCUCCCUCGUAUACACACACAUCUUCUCAUAUUCCAAGCAAUUAACAAAAGUAAAUUUUGAAUUUUGGAUCUGUUCAUUAUGGCAGAGGCAUUCAUUCCAAUAAUUCUUGAAAAAGUGAGCUCGUUGAUCCAAGAUGAGUUUGGAUUGAUUACGGGUGUGGGUGAAGAGAUGAAUAAGCUCUCGAGCACCCUCACCACCAUUCAAUCCGUGCUCGAAGAUGCCGAAACGAAGCAACUUCAAAGCAAGGCCAUACUAAAUUGGCUAUUCAAGCUCAAUGACCUUAUCUACGAGAUUGACGACGUAUUGGAUGAGUGCGCAACGGAAUUCUCGAUAUUGGAGCACAAAAACAGCAAAUUCGGUCGAUAUAGCGUGAAGCACAUUUGGUUUCGACAUGAAGCUGGAAGAAAGAUGAAGCACGUUACCAAAAAAUUGGAUGAGAUUGCUGCAGAGCGUGCGAAGUUCCAUCUGCAUGAGAUGGCUAUAGAGAAGCCAAACGAGUUUGCUGCCACACGUGAGACUGGUUCCACUAUGAACGAGUCUCAUCUUGUUUAUGGUAGGGACGAUGAUACGGAGAAGGUUGUUGACAUCUUGGUCAACCAGGUCAACGGCAAUCAAGAAAUCUCCAUCCUCCCCAUAAUUGGCGUUGGGGGCCUGUUGGUCGAAAACCUACACGGCCUUGGCAAGACGACUUUUGCUCAAUUAGUCUACAACGAUCAACGGGUCAUUAAACAUUUCGACAAACUAAUUUGGGUUUGUGUGUCCGACAAUUUUGAUGUGAAGACUUUGGUGAAAGCCAUGAUUGAAUCUGGAGGUGGAAGUGCUUCGGACUUGGUGCACUUGGAUGCUUUGCAGCGGCGACUCUGGGAGAUGCUGAACAACAAGAGGUACUUGCUUGUAUUGGAUGAUGUUUGGAACGAAGAUCAAGAGAAGUGGUUCGGGUUAAAAAAAGUUGUGGCACGUGGCUCAAUGGGGAGUUCAAUUAUCGUCACCACACGCCUAAAAAAGGUUGCUGAUAUAAUGGGAACACUUCCACCACAUCAAUUGGCAGGGUUGUCGGAUGAACAAUGUUGGAUGCUGCUCCAAGAACGUGCAUUCGGACAAGAGAAAAAUGAAUAUCCAAACCUCGAAGCCAUUGGUAAGCAGAUUGUGAGGAAGUGUGAUGGUGUUCCUAUGGCUGCUAAGGCGCUUGGAGGUCUGUUGCGGUUUCAGAGGAAAGAGACGGAGUGGAUUUAUGUGAAAGAAAGUAAAAUAUGGGAAUUACCUGAAACUCUGAUACUGCCGGCCUUGAGAUUGAGUUAUCAUCAUCUUCCUUUAUCAUUGAGGCAAUGUUUUGCCUAUUGUGCAGUCUUUCCCAAGGAUACUCGUAUUCGAAAAAAAGAAUUGAUCUUUAUGUGGAUGGCCCAUGGAUAUAUUUCAUCAAAGGGAGCAUUGGAAGUGGAGGAUGUCGGCGAUCAAAUAUGUGAUGAGCUAGUUUUGAGAUCUCUAUUGCAAUAUGUUAUCGAUCCAAAUCAAACAACUGUCGUUAUGCAUGAUCUUGUUCAUGAUCUCGCCGAAUCAAUCAUGGAGAACAAAAUUCCCGGAAUACAAGUCCAAAGGAAAGUGACAAGUGCAUCCAAUAGCAAAAUCCGCCAGGUAAAUCUGAGAGAAAAUUUAAUUGCGUUUCCUACGAGUAAUGAAUGUGAGAUGGACAUGUCUUUCAUUUUAAAUAACUUCUUACGUUUGAGGAUAUUAGAUGCAAAUAAGACAAGGAUAAAUGAAUUGUCUUCUGCGGUAGGCAAUUUGAAACAUUUGAGACACUUGAAUUUGUCCGGAACUGAAAUUCGUACAUUGCCCGACUCAUUAUGUGGUCUCUGGAAUUUGCAUGUUUUGAAUUUGGAUGAGUGCAAAAAGCUUGAGGCUUUACCAAAGAAGAUGAGGCACUUGGUUAAUCUCCGCCAUCUAUGUCUGAAAGAUUGUAAGUCACUAACGGAGAUGCCACCUAAAAUUGGAGAACUUACUUGCCUUAAAACAUUGAGUCGGUUCAUAGUGGGUCGUGAUAGAGGUAAUGGACUCGAGGAAUUGCAGUGCUUGAACCUUGGUGGCGAGCUUGGACUUCAUCAUCUGGAGAGAGUGAAAAACCCGAUGGAUGCAAAGAAAGCAAAUCUUGCUGAGAAAAAGAACCUUCGUCAUUUGAAGUUGGACUGGGAAUUGUAUUCAAAGGAAGAGAAUAUAGAUGAAGAGGUGUUGGAAGCACUUGAACCUCCCCCAAAUCUUGAAACUCUAUUGAUAGAAGGAUUCAGGGGUACGUGUUUUCCAGUUUGGAUGUCAAAUUCGACUAUGAAGAAAGUAGUUCGAAUUGAUAUAUCAAGCUGUGAGAAUUGUAUGCAUCUUUCGCAACUGGGAAAGCUACCUCAUCUUAAGUACUUGCGUUUAAACAAUCUGGCUCGGGUGGAGUACAUUAUUGAGGAUCAAAGUGGAAAUCCAUUAACAAGUGUACAACAGUUCCCAUCUCUGGAAAGACUGGAUUUACAGUACCUCGACAAUCUCAAAGGGUUGUUAAAACAGCAAGUGAUGACGGGAUCAGCUGAAGCAUUCCCAAAUCUUGAGCAGCUAGAGAUUAUACUUUGCAAUUCAUUAAUAUUGCCACCACUCUCAUUAUCUCUUAAAAAGUUGAAGAAAUUGAAAUGCGGUAGCUUACAUCUGGCUUCAUUGUCUAAGCUGGAAGUUGUUACCGAUCUAAAUGUGAACUUCUGGAAUAGGUUUACAUGCAUUACAGUUGAGACACUGCAAAGCCUCACCAAUCUCAAGACAUUGGAGAUUUCCAAUGCAGAAGAUAUGUCUCUGCAAGAAGAAGGGAUGCGAGCAUUGAAAUCUCUAACAUAUUGUGAGAAACUGACGUGUUUACCUGAAGGGUGGUUGCGGCACCUCACUGCUCUAGAGGAACUACAAAUAAUCGAAUGCCCGGAAGUUGUAGAGCUGCCAGAGGAGGAGGUUAAAUACCUCAAAUUCCUUAAAAAAGUCAACCUCCGUGGGCUUCGAAAGAUGGUGUAUCUACCCAAGGCCUUGCAACACCUCGCAUCUUCACUCCAACGUCUAAGCCUAAACAACCUUCCUCAGUUGAGUUCACUGCCGGACUGGUUAGGCGAUUUCACAUCUCUUGAAGAGUUGACUAUUAUAAAGUGCCCAAAGGUAACAUCACUUCCAACUAGAAUCCGAGGAAUGACAAAUCUCCAAUAUCUAUGCAUCUGGAGCUGCCCGGAAUUGAAAAAGAACUGUGAGAAAGAAAAUGGGGAGGAUCGGCACAACAUACAACACAUUCCCAACCUGUUCAUUGGUUAA